CCUCGUUGAAGAGUUGAGGCUACUAGAAGCUAUUGGGAUGGAUUCUGGCAUGCUCUGGUUUUCGUCCUUUCUUCAAUACUGGGAAUAGCCUGCUGCUGCAUGUGCCCACCAGCAGUUUUCGGCCACCCCUUACAGCAGCCCGGACUACUCGGACUGCAAUGACUUGGUAACACUAUUUCUCUGUGUGUGCACGUAGAAUCAUACGUUAUCCGUAGCCGUGUUGGUGUUGUUAUGCAAACAUUCUGAAACUAAAUCUGCUGUGGGAAGUGGAUUUUUCUAUAGCUAUCUACUGUAUGACCAGCAGCAACUCUCUGACCGCGUGUUUUUGCAAUCCUCAAUCCUCCAGUCCUCUCCAAACGUAAAAUGAGCCGCGCCACUCUCUGCCUUCGGAGCCAGCACUGGGAGCAUUCGAGACUAUAAGAAAACUCCGUGGAUUUCGACUUGUGUCCGCUGCACGCACGACAGCUGCGCUCUCGCGUGCGUCCCCGCCCCCCCUUCGCUGGUUCUCCCCGCCUUUCCCCCCUCCCAAUUGUAAGCUGCAAUGCGACGUGUAAUGGCACCAGGAGAGCCGAGACGGAAUCAGUACGAUCAGCGGCAGCAACAACAGCACCAGCAGCAAGCAAGACGACAUUGGAACAUGAUUCAAGUUCUGAGUCAGUCACUAAAACUUCGACACUUAUUGUGGCUGGCUGGCAUUUUGGUCCUCUUAAUCGGCAUUUUGGUCCUCUUACCUUUCUUCAAAGAAGAACUGCUGCUCCAAUUUCAGUGUCAUCUAAAUGAGUCGCACCUGGCAUACGAAAACCUUCGUCUCAUGGCAGAAGUGAAGAGAGCCAGACAAGAAACAGAGGAUAUGAGGGAGAGGGUACAACUCUCUCAGAGUGACGCAGACAGUGAACACUCACGGGCAAAUAGAAGCUUUUGGGGUGGGGUCUGGAUGACUGUGGUCGUCAUUUUCACGAUAGAGCUGGCAGUGGGGAUAUCCAUCUGGUAUAUGUGCUACAGGUGCCUAGCAAGAGUUCGUGUCCCUCAGCAACCCAUGAACAGACUACAAUGACAUCGAUGACUUGUAUGAACAUUGAAUGAAUAAGAGUGUUACUCUACUUUUACCGUAAUUGUCACGACGACUCAUUUUUGUACUACUGGCACAUGACUGAUGCUGCAUCGAUCAGUUCUCCUUUUGCAGCAGAUAGCGCACAGCAGCUGAUUGUCGGCAGAGUCUUUCCGAUACCUAUCGAUCUCUCUGCGGCAUUCUACAAUGUGGUUAGCAGUAGCAGUCAUCAUUAGCAUCUCAGUCCCCACUGGAUUUGCUGAUGAUAUGCCUCCAUCGCUGUGGAAAUGGCCCAACUCUACAUCCUCAGUCAACAAAUUUGCAGUCCCCAACACCUCUGUCAGCGCAGACUACAACGCCCAGAGCGGGUGCGGCGGAGGUGGCGACGACAAAAUGGGCUGGUCCUGCCCCCACCUAAUGCUCCUCAGCCCAGACCUCCAGUUCGCCGCGGAGGAAGACAACAACACCUGGGCCGUGUACGGGGUGGCAGGCAUCGGGCAGACCUCUGACUGCGGCUCCUGCUACCAGCUACAGAUCACGAGCGGCGGGUCGCCUUCAGGUCCGCACGCCUACGUCGUACAAGCCGUCAACACGGGCUCGGACGUCAGUUCCGGGCAGUUCGACAUUCUCCUGGGAGCCGGAGGGUUCGGCAUCUACGACGCCUGCUCUUCCGACUGCCUGAACGGACAGGUGUGCUCUGGUGGGCACUGCAACGCUCCUUAUUACUCAGGAAACUUCCAGGCCUGGACCCCUGGCGGAAAUUGCUACGGGGGAGGAGUGCACGACGCCUCACAAUGCACCAGACUCUCAGGCAACAAGUCAUUUUCCGAACAAACCCUCCAGUAUGGCUGUCCGACGGCCCCUUGAGCGCGGCUACCACGCCAAUUUCCAGGUCGAUUUUCAGAGGGUCCAGUGCCCUCCUUCCCUCUACAAGGUGACUGGUCUAAGACGCAAGGACAACGCUCAAUACCCUAAGCCUGAUAUCAAAUUGAGCCUCAGGAGCAGUGGCCGUACCACCACCACUAUGGACUGCUGCAAGCCCACGUGUGCCUGGAGGCAGAACAUUGCUGACAUUGCCGACCCUCAAUUUCCACAGGUCUAUACCUGCAACAAAGACGGUUCGACAAACUGAUGAAAAUUAGCUAUAUACACACUGGAGCAAAAGUGUGUGUGUGUCAAUAUUACUUUGUUUCAACUUAUGGUUUUAUUAACCCUCGGCGCGCAUGCGCAGCGAGGGUUACGGUACUUGUUUUGUAUC